CAACUUGCGUUUAUUUUACUUUAUUUAAGUAUUUUUUAAUUUGUUUAAUUAUUUUAAUUCAAAUGCCAGUAUUUUAAUUUUAAACAUUUUUGUUUUGAGGCUAAAUAUUCAAAAUUGCCAUUGACUGUUAGUACAUAAAUCAUUGGUGUUAUUCCUUCGCUUUUAUUUUAACUUAUUUUAACAAUUUUAUACAUUAAUUUUAAAGCUGUCAAUCGCAUUAUAAAACUUCAUUUUCAACUUGAUGAAACUGUUUAGUUUGAUCUGAUAGUUUAUUUUAAAAUUUCCUGGGUUUGGACAGAAAAUGAGCAAGAACAAGGAGAAUCUGAACGAGCUUGACGCGGCAUAUAAGGAGGAGCUGGAUUCCUUGGUGUUGGAUUUGCUUAACAAAGAUUUGUGCAGUCCUGAGUCUGAAUCGAUUUUACUUAAACUGGUUGACCAUGCGACAAAUGACUUUGGAAAUAUUUCUACAAUUCCCAAAUCUCUCCAGUUUUUAAUUUCUCACAAAGUUGCCUUAGACGAGUAUUACAAGCGAUACACCCUCAAAAACGGCCAGGAUAACUUUUCUCUAGUCCUUUUACUGGAACUUAUCAGUUUUCUCGACGCUAUUAAUCUUAAUGAUACACCCAAUAACGGUAACACCAACGGUGAAACUGAAGCUAAUAAAGUUCCUGAGGCGCCUUCGUUCAAGCUACUUUUAUAUAAACUCGAGGCUAAUUUAAUUGCUCAACGUCUUGUUAAUUUUAUUUCAUCCAACACUUCUACUGAUUCUACUCAAAAUCAAGUUACAAAUCAAGCAACAAAUCAACCAACAAAUCAUUUGACAAAUGGUGUGAAUGUAAAUUCUGAGUUGGAAGGUGACUUAAGCCCGCAUAAACAUGGUAAAACAGUUUUAAGCGAUGUAGCAAAGAAAUUAUUAACUGAACGGAAGGUUAGUGACUGGGGAAAUGAAUACUUAAUAUCACUUUCAUCUCAAAUAGUUUCAUAUUACUCAGCACCCUCAACCAGACAAUUUCUGGCAAAUAACCCUGUCAACUAUACCAACCUCAACAAUAAUGUUGUAAACUUUGUUGACGACAAUUUACUAAAUAAUAUUGAUGUUAAGACUGUGAUUGGGGAAGUGAAUACGGGUUUAGUGAUAUUUGAGAGUUUGAAGUUGAUAGAGGAGAUGACAGCAUAUUGGUUAGCAAAUGGGUUUGAAUUUGACGCAAUAGAUCUUUUACUUGAGGUUGACAGGAUAGAGUCACUGGAGGACAAGUGUUCAGAUGACUAUGACUUGGUGACUAGAGUUUCAAGUUACUUGGCUUCAGUUUCAGCCUAUGGUGCUACUUUAAGUGAGACUUGUAGAAUUCUCACGGUAACCUAUAACAUACUGUUGAGAAAUUCUCGUUAUUUAGAGGCAACGAGAGUGGCACUUAAACUUAACCAAUAUGACAAGGUUAUAGAAGUUUUAAAUAAGUGCGAGGAUAUUAAUAUACUUAAGCAAAUUGCCCUAUUUCUGGGCUCGAAUCAUCUGUUUAUACCAAGUUUAACUGACGCUUCCUCCAACAGUGGUAUGAACCUGGAUAUGGACCUUGAUUACACAGUGGUAUACUUGAAUAGUGGCGAGAAUAGAAGUAGUUUAUUCCUAUCUCUCUGUAAGGAGUUGGACAUUCUGGACCCCAAACAUCCAAAUGACGUAUUUAAAGGGUAUCCUUCAAAGAGUAACCUGAGUUUAACUCAGUCAAUUUCUGGUGUCUCAAUCGAUUCAGCACGUGACAACCUUUCAUACACCUUUGUAAAUUCUUUCAUUAAUUGUGCCAGCUCCAAAGAUAAACUUAUUACAACCACUCAAUCAGAUAAGGAUAAGGAUAGUACGAAUACAUCGAGUGGUGAGCAGGAAAAUUCUAAGGAUAAGAGUGGAGAACCUGAUUUUUGGUUAUUUAAGCAUCAAGGAUACGGAUUAUUAUGCGCUUCAGCAAGUUUGGGUUUAUUACAUUUGUGGAAUUUGGACGAGGGUUUGUCUGAGAUUGACAAGUACCAGUACAGCACUGACCAGUACAUAAGGUCUGGGGCUUAUUUUGCAUUUGGACUUGUUAGCUGUGGAGUGGCUUCUGAACUUGACCCGGUUCAAGGUCUUUUACUGGAUAAGCUUGACUCAUCAAACUUUCUAGAACGUUUGGGUGCUAUUCUCGGUCUGACAUUUGCAUAUUCAGGAACUAACCGACAUGACAUGCUUGAGCUUUUGACACCGCAUGUGGUUGAUUUGAGUUCAGUUGAGUGUUCUCUUUUCAGCAGUUUAGCUCUCUCAGUAAUUUUCGUAGGCACCGGAAACCAAGAAUCCUCAGAAGCUAUUUUACAGGUGUUGAUUGAGUACAUCUCGUCACACGCAGAUUCAACCCCAAAUUUAAAAUACGUUAGAGUAUAUUUAUGCGCACUGGGGUUACUCCAAAUGUGCAGAGGAGAACUUUGUGAACCUGUUUUAGAUGCCUUGAGUGUUUUAGGAAAGUAUGAAAAGGUUGCCGUAACCUUAGUCGAGUCUUUUGCCUACGCCACUUCCGGGGAUGUUCUUAAAAUACAAACUCUGUUAAAAAACUGUUCACACGUUACUACUACUACCACUAUCACCGGUAGCACCAGUAGUACUAAUGUCACUACUGAUGCUAAUACUAAUACUAAUACCAAUACCAAUACGAGUGGUGAUACUAAUGCUAAUGCAGUUAAGGAUAGUGUUAGUACUAACACUGAUACCAAUGCUAAUACUGAUUCUAAUAGUAAAACUGAUAAUACUAACACCAAUACUAAUACCAAUACCAAUACCAAUACCAAUACAAAUACAAAUACAAAUACAAAUACAAAUGCUGAUGCAAGUAACGCUGAUGCGAAUGUUAAGGAAGAUAACAGUGUUGACAACGAGUUGUAUGGAGUAAGUAUACUGUGUAUAUCACUAUUGAGUAUGGGCGAGACAAUAGGCUCAAGCAUGCUGGUAAGGUUGUUGGAGCACCCAUUACAGUGUGGAACUGUACAUGAACGAAGAGCUGUUCCACUCGCUAUUGCGUUAGUGAAUGUAUCAAAUCCAGCACCAGCCAUUGUAUCUGCACUUUCAAAGUUAUCUCAUGACAGUGAUAAGGACGUCUCACUGUGUGCUAUUUUGGGUCUUGGUUUAGUAGGUGCCGGAACUAACAAUUCAAGAAUUUCUCAAUUGCUACAAAACAUCGCAAAACACAGUUACAGAGAUUCUACACUAAUGUAUGUCCUAAGGCUCAGUGUUGGACUUUUAUUCAUGGGAAAAGGAACACUAACACUCACUCCACUCCACUCUGACUCCUUUAUACUCAAUAAAACGUCUCUGGCAGGUUUACUCAUAACUCUUUUUUGUGCCCUGGAUUUGAGAUCACUAGUAUGUGAUGAGUUUCCAUUUUUACCCUUCUUCCUAGCACUAGCUGUGAGACCGAAGUGGCUGAUAACGCUUAACCAGGACUUGGAGGUCGUUCACAUCCCUGUUAGGGUUGGCACUGCAGUUGACACCAUUGGGACAGCUGGAAAACAGCGUAAAAUCUCAGGAUUCCAAACUCAUAAGUCUCCAGUCCUCAUUGGGGUUGGUGAACGCGCAGAACUUGCCACCGAGGAAUACGAGACCUUCACUCCAUUUCUUGAAGAUAUUGUCCUUACAACUCAAGUUCCACAUGAUCACUAAUUUUUUAAACACCA